AUGGAUAAUUGCGGCACUGGCAGCUUUGUUUGGGUGACACCCCUACGCGAACGAAAAGUGGCUGCUCAGUACAACAUGGAAGGUUCAUUCGGUGGCCCAAUCUAUUCCCCACUCCACAAUACCUGGAAGAGACCUCUGCAGGUGGAGGACUCAGGGGACGUGGUCCUGGAGGGAAAGAGUGCCAUAUCGCAAGUCUCACACCUCGGAUCAAAUAUCAACCAGGUCAACAAGGCACUGGGAAACAUUGGAAGCGUCUCAAUGGCAGCCGGAAAGCUCUAUGUCACCGUCUGGCUAGGCGAAACUGCAACUUUCAGCGAGGUCUUCAUGUCGGGCUUCUGGUUGGAUGGUGACAAAUUCCUGACCUGUGCACAUCUUCUGGACACGAUCGAAGGAACGAACAUCUCCCGCACAUUGAAACUCCUCCAAGACCCAACACUGACUACACGGGCCGCAUUUGUCAAUGUCUCGAGAGUCUCAAGAGACCAUGACUACACCGUUUACCUCAUUCAUCAUGACCGCGCGUCCGAUCUUGCUGUUUUCCGCCUGAAACCAGAUGCUGGCAAAGAGAAAGGGCAGCCUCCGCAUUCCGUUGACUUGACGUCCCUGGUUUCGAUCUAUGCCGGGGAACCCUUCAACGAGUCCAACCCUCCGAGCAGCGAAGCUACACUGUACCCAGAGCUCUUCGCUGCCUAUUACCCGGGUAUGCAGUGCACGGUUACGGAGGCCCACCUGAACCAAGAUAGGAAGGCUGGUGCGCAAGCUGCCAAUGUCGAGGACGCAUGGGAUUGGAUGAGCCGCGAAACAAUAAGUCGGGCCAAGGAGAAUGGGAAACAUUGUGUCACUAAGAGCAUAAAAUAUGCAGAAACGUUCGCUGCCAACACCCGAAGUGUCGCCUUUGGCAGAAUCAUCACCUGUGCCUCUUCUCCAGUCCUAAUACAAGAACCCUCGAGCAUGACCCAUCUCAAAAACUGCGACAUCGUGGGAUAUUGGGGUUGCUCUGGGGGUAUGGUCUGCCAGUACCAAACCGCCGCAAAUGGUUUCGAGCCAAAGGUCGUCGGAUUGUUUCAUGGCGAAGACACCGACAAUAGCUGCAACAAUAUCUUGGUCUUCACCCCUGGAGGUGUAAAUGAGCUUCAGAAACUGCUGCGUAGUCAUGCAUAG